AUGGAGAAUGCUCGCAUUGCCCACCCUUUAUCCGUGCGUCAUUCGACCUUUUACGCGGCGUUAUCAAUCGCUGUACAUAAGCCCCAAACUAUGAGCGAGCAUCAGAAGUCAGCCAUCGAGGCAACGACUCGAGUUAAUAAUGACAGAGAUGACGAGUCACAUACAGCGCCCAAGGUUCCUGAUCAGUUUGCCGAUGAGAGUUUCAAGUUAUUUUCGAAAAUCCAAGUGACAGAUCCAACACCCGAACAAGCGGCAGCCAUACGCAACAAGUGUUUAUGGCGAAUACUACCAUUUCUAUGCAUCGGAUAUCAUUUGAUGUAUGUUGAUAAGCAAACGCUGGGAAGUUCUGCGAUUCUCGGGAUCAUGACCGAUGCCCACCUCAACUCGAAUCAAUACAAUUGGCUGUCCUCUAUUUUUUACUUUGGGUACCUACUCGCCGAAUGGCCCCAGAACUGGGCUUUACAAAGGUUUCCAGUUGGUAAAUGGCUGGCUGGUAAUUUGAUAGUGUGGGGUGGGAUUACUCUCCUACAUAUUCCAUGCAACAGUUUUGCUACUUUGUUUGUUGUGAGAUUCUUCCUCGGGGUGGCUGAAGCGUCCAUCGUGCCGGCAUUUCUGCUCUCCAUGUCCAUGUUCUUCACAUACAAUGAACAGGCCGUGAUGAUGCCGGUAAUGUGGUCAAUUGGCAAUGCAAGUCCCAUCACCUCGGGUUUGCUGUCAUAUGGUGUACUGUGGAUAGAUACAAGCAGUUUCUCUCCGUGGAAAUGGUUCAUGGUUAUCACCGGUGUUCUUACGGUGAUCUUCGGUAUCUGGGUCUACAUGUUAUUCCCUGAUAGCCCUCUCCAUGCCAACUUUUUGACAUACGAGGAACGCGCACAAGCAAUCCUGAGAAUCAAAGAAAACCACUCUGGAAUCGAACAAAAGACAUUCAAGAGAUAUCAAUUUAUCGAAGCGCUCAAAGACCCUAAGACUUGGCUCUUCUUUCUACAUGCCUGGUCCCAAGAAAUGGCAAAUGGAAUCACCAAUCAAUACUCACUCAUCAUCAACUCCUUCGGCUUCACGGUCCUUCAAACGACAUUGCUGGGAACAGUGAGUGGCUUGGUAUCAUUCUUUUCACUCUCAUCAGCAGCUGUCACAUUGUACUACACCAGGAACUUCCGAGCAUGGAUCUCGCUACUUGCAUACAUCCCUGCUGGCCUAUCCAGUAUUCUUCUUCUAGCACUACCGUGGUCCAACCGGUGGGGACUCAUUGCCGGAAUCUGGAUUCGAUCUACAGCUGGAAUACCAUAUGCGGUGGUGAUGAUAUGGGCUGCAAAUGCAUCGGCUGGUCAUACGAAGAAAACCACUGUGAUAGCCCUUUAUCACAUCGGAUAUGGACUCGGAAACAUCAUCUCACCGCAAUUGUUCAGACCAGAAUGGAAGCCUCGAUACAGACCUACUUGGGUUAUACUGCUUGUGGUGGCAGCGAUUCUUCCGUCAAUCAUCAUCAUCACUCUUCGCGUAUAUUUGAGUCGAGAAAAUAAACGCCGUGAUAGGCUGGAAGAGGCGAGUCAUGUCACCGAUAAUGGAAUCAUCGAGACAGUCGAUGCAGAGGGCGGUAAAAGUGCUCGUGUUGUGGAUAACACUCAGUUGGACUUGACUGAUAAGGAGAACUUGAGAUUCCGAUAUGUACUGUGA